AUGGAUCCCCAGAAAUUGAACACUGUCCAGGCCUAUCUGGAAAAGAUAUACAGCGACAAUGACCUACUGAGCGGACUUCUAAUUAAUGUCACGGAGAAGAAGGCGAACCCGACCGAAUAUAUCGAAAAGAAAGGGUUCAAAUUCCAGUCUGACGACUGGGAGGCUGUCAAGGUGCUGGAAAAACCGGGGCCAAAUUUCGACCUUCGUCUCGCGGCAGGAGUCUACCGGUUUGACACCAAUAAAGCCGGGCUAUGGGAACUGAUGGUUCAUUCAGUCACCCGUGCCAUCUAUGUCGACGGAAAACAAGUCACGUCUCAGAAAACAAAUAGCCAGGGAUGGGUCACUUGUUCAACUGAGUCACAGCAUGACCUUCGCAUUCAGUUCAAGUGCGCAAGCAUAGUGGGGGAGCCUCAGCCUCACUCGAAACCCCAGUUCACAGGCGAGGUUUCCAAGACUGGGGAGGGCGGGGGAAAGGAGGUAAUCACGGGCCAACGAUACUAUCCAUGGGGCAAUGCGUACGAUAAGAUCAAUACGAAGCAGCUCAUUACAAAUCCGAGUACCAGUGCGUCUGAUGAGAUAGUCCGGGUGUGUCGAAAGCUGCGCGAGGAUGAAGCUGUGAAGUCGUUGGCUGUAGCCCUGGAUCUUUUAGCCUGUCAGUCCAGGCCACUAGAUAGGCCUCACGAGAUCUCAACAUAUGGGUCCAUCGAUAAAGGGGACCUCUUGGUCGGUGGAGUCCACAUUGCGCUUACUCUUUCCUGUGCAGCAAUUGGAACGUAUUUUGGAAAAGUACUGGGGGCUUUCGUGGGAGCCAUUGGCGGAGGGGUGACGCGAAAUUACUUCAUCGAUAUCAGAGAUAAUGUCGUUAAGGGGUGGAGCCGAGACUUGAAGAGCCUCGUUUCGGAAAAAGAGCUUGAAUUGGACGAUAUUCUGAAGGAGAAAAUCAAGGAAAGAGUGGAAGAAAGGGAUAAUGUUCAACUGAAGGAUCCGAAUCUGUCCAAGGAGAUUGAAAACGAAGUAAAGGGGAUGUAUAUUCUCAACGCAAAGGACCAGCUGGCGGACGACGUUGAGGACAGAUUCCAGUGGUACCAGACCCUGUGGACAAGAGAAUUCAAGGAGGCAUACGACGCUGCUCUGACUGAAAAGUUCGACGAACAGAUGCCUCAAUCGCAGAUCGAAUCUCUGGUCAAAAUAAACAUCGAUAGGAGAGUUGCAGAAAAAGUGAUACCGGACGAUAUUAAAGAGCUGGGAGUGCAACUUGAUAAUGCCGAUCAAGACAGAAAAAAAAAGGAGGAAGAAGUUGACAAGUCGGGUAAAACGUGGGCAGAGAAGAGAGCAGAGAAACAGAAGAUUAAAGACGAGUAUGACGGAAAGGUGAAAAGGCUGAAAGGGGAGAUAGAAGAAAAGCAAGAAGACAAGGACGAACGUGAGAAAAAGUCGAGUGGCACUAUUAUUGACAGCACUUUAGAAGAGAUCAAGAGGAAUGCAGAGAGGAGACGAAAGGAAGCCAUCGACAGAGCAGCACGCAAGGACCGAGACGGGGAAAUUGUCUAG